AUGCGUGCACGGAUGCUCGCGGUGCGUUUGCGCCGCUGCCAACCGGCGGGGCAAGUUGCCCUGCCGCCGACUCCCCGCGCUGACGCCAAUCCCCCCGGCGCUGGUGACCAUCGGCGCCUCCCCCGCGUCUCCCCCGCCCAGGGCCGGGCGCACGCCCUCACCGCAAACGACGCCCCCGCAGUAGCGCUGACGGGGCAGACGUCGGACGCACCACGGCGGGCCCUCUUUGCGGAGUGGGCGUCGGGACGCGCUGCGCACACGCGAGUGCGCGUCGCCCCGGGGUACUGUGGGCGGAGCGACCACUUUGUGCGGUGUCGCGUGCACCUCGCCCGCCGCCGCCUGUUGAGCCGCUUCGUCGUGGACGAGGCCCGCUGCGUCUCGCAGUGGGGGCAUGACCUCCGCCCCGGCCACCGCAAGCUGGCCGUACUGAAGCAGCAAUUCCCCGUGACGCCCGUAUCAGCCCCCACAGCGACGGCGACGGAGCUGGCGCAGCAGGGCACUAUCAGCACGCUGAGGCUGCAGGAUGCGCUGGUCUUCAAGGGCUCCUUCAACCGCCCGAACCUUUCCUGCUCCGUGCGGAAGGUGGGGCGUUCCGUGGGUUUGGUUGCGGUGGACCUCAUCAAGCACCGCCUUCCCCCGCAGUCCUGCGGCAUUGUGUACCGCCUCUCGCGCAAAGGCUGCGAGAAGAUGGCAGCGGAGCUGGUUGGGGCAGGGGCACGCGCCUCGUACUGCCAGGCCGAGGCGAGCCGGGAGGAACGAGAGGCAGGAGCGGUGGGCGAAGGAUGA